AUGGAGGGUUCUGAUGGGCAGGGGGGUGGAGACAAACCACUAGAGAAGGUGACCAGUGUGCCCUGCUUAGAGAGGAGCUCUAGCACCAUCCCCGCUGGAGCCUCACUCGUCCGCCAUGCCAAGGGCCUGGACCAGGACACCUUCAAAAUUUGUAAAGAAUACCUAAGGCCACUGAAGAGGUACCUGCGCAAGUUGAACCUGCCCAAGGACCUUCCUCAGAAGAAGAGGCUAAAGUACAUGAAGAAGAGCCUCGAGGUCCUGGGGGACCACAUCAACACCUUUCUGCAGCAUUACUGUCGAGCCUGGGAAAUUAAGCACUGGAAGAAGAUGCUCUGGCGAUUCAUCUCUCUCUUCUCAGAACUGGAAGCAAAGCAGCUUCGCCGGCUCUACAAGUACACCAAAACCAAUCAGACAGCCAAGUUCCUGGUGGCAUUCUGGCCCGUGGACGCCCGAGAGAGAUCCUUGUUGGUGGACCAGGAGGACAGCCUGCCCAAACUGUGUGAUGCCUGGGGACUGCGCUGUAACCUCAGCGGCAUGAAGGAGCGGCUGUCCAAGAUGCAGGCCCCAGGCCACUGUGCUGCCAUGCUGGAGGAGCCGGUGGAGCAGGACUCCAUGGGGAAAGAUCAUUUAAAGAAACUUCCUCAAAAGACAAAACUCAAGAGGCAAAGGAUUAAGGGGGCUCCCGAAACUCCAGAGAGCUGCCCGUAA